GGCAGCAAUCUCUAGUAACAGAUUGAAGUCAGGGGAUCACAAAGGUAUUUCAGAUGGCAUUUGAAACUAAAUUUCGUUCACCGACCUUUCCAACACUAUUUAUUUAUUUUUCAUUUUUCCUUUACCCCAAAAAUAUAUUAUAAAAACCGCCCAAUCGGACGUGAAACCACCAGAUCUGGCAACAUCCAGCAGACAUUUUUUUUUUUUUUUUGUGUCAUGCUUACUGUCAUUCAGUUGACUAGAGAACCGUCGACUGCUGCCCUCUUAAAGAGACAGGCCGACACUUUAUACUUCCUGCACAUGCACAGACGGCGUGUAUCGCUUUAACCCCGCGUGACGGCCAGUCGCGGUGAAAGUGGGGUAUGCGAGUGUGAGCGUUUUGCGUUGUUUUAGAAUUCCUGUACCCGCUGUGGACCUUUGGAUCCCGUGCCUCAGGGCGGGUAGGCAGCUCCGCCAUCCACGGCAGCAAUUGGCUGCGCUCCUCUUUUUUCCGCACUCCCGCUUGUUAUUGCGCUUCACUCAUAGAAAAGACACGACACAUCUCUCUCACACACACACGCGGUCAAUUACACACGCACUCAGUGGCGUGAGCGUGCGUGAUGCUGCUGGAGCCCAAAGUCCCCUGUCCGUGGCGCAGUGCCUUAUCGGAAUGUGUGAAUAUUAACGAGGUUAGCCGCGAUCCGUAGACCAACCACAGGCCACUGACAGCUGUAACCCCUGCAGGCCACAGGGCCGACAGCCAACAAGACCGGCGUGCCGAGGAGGGCUCUAAAGAAGAAAAGGACGGCCGUGGGGGCGACAGACCAGAGGCUCGACCAGAAGGAGACGGCGACUGCAACUGUAAGGACAUCGGACGACGGGAGGACCCCUACACCAUGACGGAGAAACGGAUGUCGCGGUGGUACUUCGGUGGCAUCGCGUCCUGCGGAGCCGCCUGCUGCACACAUCCUCUGGAUCUGCUGAAGGUGCACCUGCAGACGCAGCAGGAGGUGCAGAAGAGGAUGAUGGGGAUGGCCCUUCAUGUGGUGAAGAGCGACGGCGUGCUGGCUCUCUACAGCGGCCUCUCUGCCUCCCUUUGUAGACAGAUGUCAUAUUCCCUCACUAGAUUUGCCAUCUAUGAGACAGUGAGAGACAUGAUGGGCAGCACUAGCAGUGGCCCCAUGCCUUUUUACCAGAAGGUCCUGCUGGGCGCUUUCGGAGGUUUCACCGGUGGGUUUGUUGGCACGCCGGCAGACAUGGUGAACGUCAGGAUGCAGAAUGACAUGAAGCUCCCAGCAGAACAGAGGAGGAACUAUAAACAUGCCAUAGAUGGGCUGUAUAGAGUCUUCAGAGAAGAGGGGGUAAGAAGACUGUUUUCAGGAGCCUCCAUGGCCUCCAGCAGAGGCGCGAUGGUCACCGUGGGACAGUUGGCGUGCUACGACCAGGCCAAGCAGCUGGUGCUGGGAACAGGCCUGAUGGGAGACAACAUACUCACACACUUUCUGUCCAGCUUCAUCGCUGGAGGCUGCGCUACAUUCCUGUGUCAACCGCUGGAUGUGCUGAAGACGAGGCUGAUGAACUCCAAAGGAGAGUACACGGGGGUGACACAUUGCUUACGAGAGACUGCCAGGCUGGGUCCGUUGGCAUUUUACAAGGGUCUUGUUCCUGCAGGAAUCCGCUUGAUUCCCCACACAGUUCUCACCUUCAUCUUCCUCGAGCAGCUCAAGAAAUACUUCGGCAUUCGCAUCAUCUCCUGAGCGCGCUCCAAGACCGACCCCUUCUAUACUUCCAGCGCUGUCAUGGCUGAACACUCUGCUCCAUAUCACUUCCAAGAAAAGAAGGGAAGAAAGGAAAUCAUGUGCAUUUUAUUAAAGUCUGGCGCAUGAUUUCUUUUCUCCUUUGGUUCUACCUCUAAUUCACAUCCACAAGUUAAUGGUUUUUAUGAACUAAACUUCUCCCCUCUAUCAAUAAAGACUUUCACUACAAUACUAAGACAGAAAUGACUAAAUGAAAAGGGUCUAUUAUGGGAUUAUUACACCUACCAAGAGAGAAAGGUCCUUUAUCAUUUCAUGAUAGGAUGACAUGUAGUGUGAUCAAGUGUUCAUUUUGAGUUAAGUAAAAUCCUGGAACUCUUCUGCCAUGUUGAUGAUAGGCUGCUUGUUAAUUUGUACUAAUUCCAAAUCAGAUUGUGUGAUUUAAUGUUUUAAUCUCG